UUGAAGAGAGUGGGCAGAAUCACAGUUUGUUCUGCUCCAAGGCUGAGCAGCAACAGAGGGAGUCUGUUUGUAGCAGAGAGAGCAUGCAGGAGGCUUAGAUUCAGCUCUGGCACUGAAGCUCGUGCUUGCCUUUCUUGAUCCUGCUGGCCAAUCCAUCCCUCUUUCUCUCCUUGAAGUUCUGCUUUGAUUUGGAAGCAUUUUGCCAGGGAACAGCUGGAAAAGUCUGGCAUCUUGCAGUACCAGCAGGACUGUACAGCAGAGCUCAGGAAAGAGUGGUUCUUCUUUGGCUGCAGAAGAUGGAGCUGUCCACCCUCCCUGGUGCUGAAUUCUACCCCAGUUUCCUCUCCAACUCCACCCUGCAGGACUUCGGCUCCAGUUCCCUGGCCCCGUCCAACACCACCGGUCCAUCUCCCCAGAAAAACUCAACCUCCAUCGUCAUCGCCAUUGCCAUCACUGCCCUGUAUUCUGUGGUUUGCGUGGUGGGGCUGCUGGGCAACAUCCUGGUCAUGUACGGCAUAAUCAGGUACACCAAGAUGAAGACGGCCACCAAUAUCUACAUCUUCAACCUGGCCCUGGCAGAUGCCUUGGCCACCAGUACGCUCCCUUUCCAGAGUGCUAAGUAUCUGAUGGGGACUUGGCCUUUCGGGGAAUUCCUCUGCAAGGUUGUCCUUUCCAUCGACUACUACAACAUGUUCACGAGUAUCUUCACCCUCACCAUGAUGAGUGUUGAUCGAUACGUAGCGGUCUGCCAUCCGGUCAAAGCUUUGGAUUUCCGGACUCCCGCGAAAGCAAAAUUAAUCAACAUUUGUAUCUGGGUCGUCUCCUCCAUCAUUGGGGUGCCUAUCAUGAUCAUGGCUGUUACCAAGUCGGAUGGUAACAUGGUUUUCUGCCUCCUCCAAUUCCCCAAACCUCAGUUUUACUGGGACACCAUCACCAAGAUAUGUGUCUUCAUCUUCGCCUUCUUGGUUCCCAUCUUGGUUAUCACCAUCUGCUAUGGACUCAUGAUCCUCCGCCUGAAAAGUGUUCGCCUCCUCUCAGGCUCCAAGGAAAAGGACCGCAACUUGCGUCGGAUCACGCGCAUGGUUCUGGUGGUGGUGGCGGCCUUCAUAAUCUGUUGGACGCCCAUCCAGAUCUUUGUCAUUGUCUGGACCCUGGUGGGCAUCGACAGAGAUAACCCCUAUGUGAUGGCCAGCCUGCAUUUCUGCAUCGCGCUGGGAUACACCAACAGCAGCCUCAACCCUAUUCUCUAUGCCUUCUUGGAUGAAAACUUCAAGCGCUGUUUCCGAGAGUUCUGCCUCCCUUUCCAGGUACGGAUGGAACAAAGCAGCUUCAGCCGAGCCCAGAACACCACCCGCGAGCGCGUCUCCACCUGCACACCUCCUGGAGUCCUCAACAAGUCAGCAUGACUAGACAUGGGGAGCCAUAAAGGCGGCUUCACGGGGUGCAGAGAAGAGGAGCUACAGUCAGAACUGACCCAAGACACCACCACAGAGUUCUAGCAGCAAAGGUUAAGCCACUUCAUUCCCUAUUUCUCAAAGUGACUUAGGGUUGGACUAGAUGGCCCAUAUGCCCUCUUCCAACUUUAUGAUUCAAUUAACUGCCAAUGCCAUAGGGAGAAUUCUGCCCAAGAAAAGCACCAGCUGGAAAUAUAUAUAUAUGAGUGUGGAUUUACUAAAAGUAAGAGCAUUUCAGUUUUGAGUUGAACUCUCAAAAUCAACUACAACUGCAGUGAAUGCUUUUUUAAAGCUUUAGAUUUCAUGUACAGCUAGCUCUGAAAAUGUAAACAAGACCACAGCAUAUGUUUUUGUAUUCCUGGAUAGGGUCAGGCUGCUGCUUAUACACAUUAGCAUUUGUUCCGUUGCUUUCGAUAUUCAUUAUUUUCUAGGUAUUUCUAUAAUGAAUGGAUGAAUGAAUGAAACUUUAUAGCCUGCCCCAUCUCCCCAAGGGGACUCAGGGUGGUAUACAACAAAUAGGUAAAGGCAAAGGUUUCCCCUGACAUUAUCUAGUCAUGCCCGACACUGGGGGGGGG